CUAGCUCUGCCUUCGCAGCAGCUACAGCAUCAACAGUUUAGCCAUUAAAGCCGUUUUCUAGUUUUCACAGGUCUUAUUUGAUUUUGAAACAUUGUCCUGUUCCGCUGCCAAAAUGAUUUCACUUACGGACUCGCAAAAAAUUGGGAUGGGGUUGACAGGUUUUGGGGUCUUCUUCCUCUUCUUUGGGAUGAUGUUGUUUUUUGAUAAAGCUCUUUUAGCUAUCGGGAAUAUCCUGUUUGUAUCGGGCCUUUCCUUUGUCAUUGGUCUGGAGCGGACCUUCAGAUUUUUUUUCCAGAGACAUAAAGCGAAAGCCACUAGCUUCUUCCUGGGAGGAGUGUUUGUGGUGCUGAUCGGCUGGCCCAUUGUUGGAGUAGUACUGGAGAUAUAUGGUUUCUUCCUCCUGUUUAGGGGGUUCUUCCCUGUGGCUGUGGGCUUUAUCAGACGGGUUCCUAUUCUUGGGUCUCUGCUUAGUUUACCAGGAAUACGCUCUCUUGUCGACAAGAUUGGAGAGAGCAAUGCCAUGGUAUAACAGCUGCCUUAUUUUUGAGAAGGAUUUUUCAAACUAGGACCUUACACGUUGGUCAUUGCCACUCAACUAAAACAGAGACAUUUGAUAAGUAUUUUGGCUUCUUCUGUGAAAGAAGAGUUCUACGUUUUGCCACUGGAUAACAUCAUACAUUUAUAUUUUGAAAGACUGGAGACAUGCUUUUGUUUUGUAUCAUUCCAGUUUGUUGUUAUUUAAAGACUGCUACCCAUGGACCACUGGGUGAACUGUUACAGUACACACUCCCCAAUGGACUGGUUUACUUUGUCUGUUGUUACUAAAAUGGUGUAUAAAAUAACAAGCUAAAUGUUGCUUGAAUAUAAAAUACAUAGGAGGUCAAGUUGAACAUUUUACUGUAACUUUUGUAAAUACAUACUUGGAAUAAAGUGUGUGAACUUUUUA